UUCCUUCCCGGCAGAUUUCACUACCCUCAAUAAUACUUAAAUCCAAUAUUUUCUACUUACCUACGUAUUUUAUCAGCAUGAUCACUACUUUAGACUAUUAUAAACGGAUUUCACUUUAAAUUAUGACUCAAAAUUAAAUAUAUUGCAGCAAAGAAGCUAAAUUAUUUUCUCAGAAAAUACAACUUCCUUGUUUAUGCUGGUUGUUUGUUUACACGAGGUUACAUGCUGCAGGUUAACCUAUUCUGCAAUUGUGAUAAUUAUUUAAAUAGUCGUUUUAUGAUGAAUUAUUCUCCUUAUAUGUUGUAUUUAAUUAUUUUAAAACAUAUUUGAAUUAAAUGUUAUGUUCAGUAAAUUUAUGACAACGAUCAAUUAAGUUAAUUAUCUAUGAGUAGCAAACAUAAGCAUAAGAAAUAUGAAGAAAAGGAGGAGAGAAGAAAGAAACACAAAUCUCGGUACUCAGAUGACUCAGAGGAUGAAGGGGAAAGAAAAAGUUCCUCAUCAAGGCAUCAGUACAAGAAGAAAAAAAGUGACCACAGUCAUAAGCAUAAAAAAGAAAAGAAAAAUAAAUCGAAAAGGUCUGAAAGUUCAGAUUCAAGUACCAGUUCUGAUUCAUCAUCUGACAAUUCAGUAAAACUUUUAAAAAGGUUACAUGAUAAGCAUGAAAAAAUGAUUCAACAAAAAAAGAAAGAAAAAGAACUGAUGAAGGUAAAUGAGACUCCAGAAGAAAAAAGGAUUAGGCGACUUUUGAAAAAAGAAGCAAAAGAAAGAAAAAGGAAACAACGUAUGGGAUGGGACAAAGAUUAUUUACACUAUACUAAUACUGACAAUCCAUUUGGUGAUGCAAACUUGCUUUCCACUUUUGUUUGGUCAAAAAAACUAGCAAAAGAUGGACUCACAGACGUAUCCCGUGAAGAAUUAGAGAGGAUUAAUAGAAUAAAACAAGAGGAGAAUAAAAUAGAAUUAGAAAAGGUUAAAAAGAGACGACAAGAGAGAGAACAAGAAAGGCAAGAACGGGAAGAAGCCAUGAUGAGAUUGCAGCGCGAUAAGGAAGCUGAACAGUUUGAGGCAUGGGCAACGCAGGAAGAUCAGUUUCAUCUUGAGCAAGCAAGGCUGAGAUCAAGGAUCAGGAUAGCUGAUGCCAGAGCAAAACCUAUUGAUCUUCUUGCAAAAUAUAUCAAUUCAGAAGAAGAAGUGGAUGCUGUUGAGAUGCAUGAACCAUAUACUUAUCUUAAUGGUCUAUCAAUUAAAGACCUUGAAGACCUCGUUGAAGAUAUUAAGGUCUAUAUGAAAUUAGAAAAAGGAAAAAAUUUGGAUUACUGGAAUGAUAUUACUGUUAUUGUUGAAGAUGAAUUGUAUAAGCUGAGGAAAAUGGGAAAGAAAUCAGACUAUGAAGCAGCUGUUGGCAGAAGAGAAGGUAUUCAUGAAUCUGUAGCUAAAGAAGUAUCUUCAGUCUUCAGAGGUAAAACAGCUUCACAACUUGCUGCCAUGCAAAAACAGAUUGAGAAGAAAAUCAGUGAUAAAGGUGAAGGAAUCGAUAUUGGAUACUGGGAAUCUCUUCUUUCCCAACUAAAAGCUCAUAUGGCACGAGCUCGUCUCAGAGAUAAACACCAAGAAAACCUAAAACAGAAAUUGGAAUUACUCAAAGCGGAACAAAGACAGCAAGAACAAGAAAUAAAAGAAGAACCUCUAGACGAAUCAGAACAACAGGAGAAUGAAAAUAGUGAUGAAAUCAAAGAAGAAAAAGAAGAUAGUGAAGAAGAGCAUAGUGGAGGUGAUGAGGAUGGUGGGGAGUCUAUGCUAAAAGAAAGUUUCGGAGAGUACGAAGCUGGAGCAUACUCACCAGUUUAUGUUGAUCCUGCAAGUCUUGAACCUGGAACUCUUAUCAUUGGUGAAGAGGAGGAUGCUCAGAGGCUGGAGUAUGCUAGGCAGCAUCUUACCUCUCAAGAAAGUCAGGUGGGAGCUACAUCUGAAGAGUUGGCGAUGCAAAGGGAAGCACGUAAAGGCAUGUCUAGUGAUGAAGCCAUAUUUUCAGUUGAAUCUGCUCUCGAUUCUCAAGUGUAUCUGUGGUCAGAUAAAUACCGUCCUCGAAAACCAAGAUAUUUUAAUAGAGUUCAUACAGGAUUUGAGUGGAACAAGUAUAAUCAAACCCAUUAUGAUAUGGAUAAUCCUCCUCCAAAAAUUGUACAAGGAUACAAAUUCAAUAUAUUUUUUCCAGAUCUUAUUGAUAAAACAUCAACACCAGAAUAUUAUCUUACCACUUGUCCUGAUAAUCCCGACUUUGCUGUUCUUCGGUUUCAUGCUGGACCACCUUAUGAAGACAUCGCAUUUAAGAUUGUUAAUAGAGAAUGGGAGUAUUCGUACAAACGAGGAUUCAGAUGUCAGUUCCACAACAAUAUAUUUCAGUUGUGGUUUCAUUUCAAAAGAUACAGAUACAGAAGAUAAAUAUAUCUAUAUUUUUUUCAUUGUGACUCCAAUACAUUUAUGUUAUUGGCUCAAAAAAUCUGAUUGAGAGGUGUUAGUGUUAUGUAUCUAUUAGGUAUAAAAUCGGUGAUAUUUUUUUUUUUACUUUGAGGCUU